UCACACAUUAUUAUUAUUAUUAUUUUUUUUUUUAUUAUUAUUUUUUUUCUUUAAUGUGUUACUUUAGGCCGCCAUUAUUCCCAGCACUCUACUGUUUCCCUUUAGGGUCCCCUUUUACUUUCUGCUUUGUACAAAUAAAGCACUAAAUCAUCUUCCUAUUGAUUAUCUGCUCCAUACAAAGCGCUGCCCUGUGUCGCUGUGACUGGAAGAGUUUUCCCUCGGCUGCUCCUAAUGGGCUCCCCGGCCCCGGCCCAUUAUACACAGGGAAUGACUCUCUGGCCAAAAUCAAUUGCUCGUGGCUCUUAUGCAACCGAGGAACCAGUUUCCCCGAGUGUCAUCUGCUCUUCCCACACUCUCAGCCGGGAUAAAGGUGGUGCCAGAACCUCUACGGCUGCUCCUGCUGGAACUGAUGAGCAACUGUACCUUACAGGUUAAUGAUGCAGCCCUUACUGCACCGGCGUGUAGCACCCCCUCUCCUUGUCUGCAGGGGCCCUGCCCUACUCCGGGGCUCCAGAAUGAAAGCACGCUGGAGGCCAUCGUAGGAGAUAGGAACGGGACCUACCGAUGUCUCUUUAAUGAAGAAUUCAAGUAUAUCCUCCUUCCUGUGUCCUACGGCAUCGUCUUCUGCUUGGGCUUUGUGCUCAACACCCUGGCCCUCUAUGUCUUCCUGUUCCGGGUUCGGCCUUGGAAGGUCAUCCACUUGUUUAUGUUUAACUUGGCCUUGUCGGACCUGCUCUACGUCCUGUCCCUCCCGCUGCUGGUCUAUUACUACUCCAAGGAGAACGACUGGCCUUUCAGCGAGCCCAUGUGCAAGAUCGUGCGGUUCCUGUUCUACACCAGCCUCUACUGCAGCAUCUUCUUCCUCCUGUGCAUCAGCAUCUACAGGUUCCUGGCCGUUUGCUACCCAAUCCAGUUCCUUCGCUGGGGUCACACACGUUGUGCAAGGGCGGCUUGUGUCUCCAUAUGGGUUGUGGUCACCGGUGCACAAUCUCCCGUGUUGUAUUUUGUCUCGACCAGCAACAUGGAGGGCAACAUCAUCUGCCACGAUACCUCCAGCAUCAGCCUCUUUGACCAAUUUGUCCUCUUCAGCACGGUGACCCUGGUUCUGCUCUACUGUGUCCCCUUCGUCGUGAUCCUGCUGUGUUACAGCCUGAUGGUCUUUACCCUCAUGAAGCCAACGGCCAAUGCCUCGCCCAACGUAGAGUCCAAAAGGAAGUCCAUCAGAAUGAUCCUUCUUGUCCUCAUCGUCUUUGUUGUGUGCUUCCUUCCGUUCCAUGUUACCCGGACCCUGUAUUACUAUGAGAGAAAGACGGACCUGGACUGUGGGACGUUAAACACUGUGAAUGUGCUCUACAAAGUCACCCGUCCCCUGGCCAGCGCCAAUAGCUUCAUGGACCCCAUUCUGUACUUUGGCGUCUGGAGGUUUAGGAUUAACAGGUAGUGAAAGCUGACUGGGUGCGGCAGAUUCCUUCAAGCCAAUGACAAGCAGCACCGCCAUGUUUGGGGCUGGACAAUAUGCCCAGUGCACCAUGGGGUUUAGGGUUCUAAGUACGGUGGCUGUAGUUGGAAAAACUAUGAGUAAAGCUUUGGGUUGUAGCCUUACUCACUGACUAAUAUCACCCUAAGCAGGGUCAGACUGGCCCAUUGGGACCCCAGGAGAAAUGCCAGUGGGCCCCGGCCCUAGCCUGAGGCUGGAUUGGCACAGCAUGGGGGGAGAUUGCCAGUGGGUAGUGAUGUGCGGUGAUGGCUACAGUGGUUGGCCCUUGGGGUGUUGGGUUUUCUGGGGGUACCCCACUUGGAUACUGACCCUAAAUGAUUAAGGGUUACACCCCUAUUAUGCCCAGAUCAGGCCCCACUUUGCCCAAGAUCAGAGGCAGGUAGAUCAUGGGCAGGGUUUGGGGCAUAUGGUUGGAGCUGUGCUUAUAUGGUCCUGUAUGUUUGGCCUUAUAUCACCUGAUCUCUUAUUGUACUUCUGCCCCUGGGAAACUCCCAUCCUGCUGGUAAAAUACUAGGUGUGAUUUAUAUCUGAUAUACACGUGCGAUUUGUGUGGCAUAUUAUAUAUUAAA